UCGGCCCUCUUCCCAUUGGCGAGGCCGCAGAAGGGGCGGAGACUUCGUUGCGGGCGCGCCAAGAUGGCGGCUUCCACAAGGCUGCUCAGGGUUUCGGGGCAUCGUCGUCUGCCUUUGGGGAUCCCCGCGCGAAGGGCAUUGUGGGGAGGACAGAGGAAGAAGGAGUUGGUGGCAGAGGCAACUGAACCAGAUGUUCCAGUUGAGAAGCAGCCGGUGAUGGUUUGUCCACCACCACAAAGCAAAAAAUAUGUUCCUCCUGAGGACCUCCAAAGUCGUCUGGAGUCUCUUGUUAGAGGGAUUUUUGGAUCGUCUGUCUCAGGGGAUUGGAAAAAGGUAUCUCUGGGAGACAGCGGUUUAAAGUAUCGCCUGCUUGCACAGCUGGCAGCCGAUUUGUCCCACACAGUCCCGAACUCCCAGCUCCAUCAAAUGAAGAGUGCCAGAGAUGUCUUGGCUUUCUACAGCACACCUGUAAAAGACAUGUCAAAGUUUGAUGAACUCAGCACCCAGGAUCUGCCCUCAAACCUGAAGAUCAACUGGCAGUACUGAGCUAAUAAGGGUGGAAGUAUCUUUAUGCCUUUUGGCCUAUGAAACGGUAUCAACAGCAAAUUUGUACUUUCCAGAUCUCUUGAUCAUUGUCUUGAUCUCUUGGCAAUGGCUCAACAACAACAGCAACACUGAUUCACUGAGGGGGAUAACUGAAGUGUAUUUUUUGUGUCUUUCCUGCUUAUGUUAUUUACAGGAAGCUUCCCAUUAAAGAAGUGUGAACAGCAAUAUUUGCUUUAAUAAAAACCACAUGCUGUGUAUAAGCCCUGUUUAUCAUUGGACUGAUUUCUGCUCUAUGAAGGGCAGCUGCAUCUUCUGGAAAAGCGGGAGGAGGAAAUAUACAUGACAACUACAAAAUGUUGUGCACACAAACUCAUUUUGUUAGUCAAACUUUAUUCUCUCAUUGUUAAUCUGAUGAAAGUUGUCAGGAAAGUUAUGCAGUAUAUUCCUUUUUUAUAAGUAUGAUACAUCAAGAAAAUAAUUAUUAUUUUGGAAGAAAAUAAAAUUUCAAAUCUUGGUA